UCCACUCCACUCUCCCACAAUUCAUUGCGAGAACCCGUUCAUGACCUGACAGCUUCAGCCUCUGGAGCAUCCGUCGUGUAAAGGCUCUUCGGUAGUAAACACGUGGGGACCCUUCGCACGUCGCCAUUUCGCUGAAGAAAACUUGUUGUUAGAGUUGUGUAUCAAAACCAAACGGACGACGAUGAGUGAGGACGUGGAGCGGCUGCUGAUCCAGUUUCAGGACGAGGAAGGGGAGGUUCUGGGUUCACCUUUCGAUGUGCCUCUCGACAUCACCCCAGACAAACUACAGCUGGUCUGCAAUGCACUGCUACAGAAGGAGGAGCCGGUGCCGCUGGCAUUUUUUGUGCGUGGAGAGGCCGAGGUGGUGUCCAGUCUGGGCUCUUGUGUGAAGGCUCUCGGUGUAGAGACAGAGCAGGUGCUGCCUGUUGUGUACCAGCCACAGGCGGUCUUCAGGGUUCGAGCUGUUGCCCGCUGUACCAGCACACUACAGGGACACACAGAGGCUGUCAUCUCAACUGCUUUCAGCCCCACCGGCAAAUAUCUGGCCAGUGGUUCAGGUGACACCACAGUGCGGUUUUGGGACUUGACAACUGAGACGCCCCACCACACUGCCAGAGGACACACUCACUGGGUACUGAGCAUUGCCUGGUCACCGGAUGGCAAGAAACUGGCUUCAGGGUGCAAGAACAGUCAGAUCUGUCUUUGGGAUCCAGUGACGGGUGCACAGAUAGGAAAGACUUUGACGGGACACACCAAGUGGAUCACUUGGCUCUGCUGGGAACCUUUCCAUCUUAACCCAGAGUGUCGUUACUUGGCCAGUAGUUCUAAGGACGGCGCGAUACGCAUCUGGGACACAGUGUUGGGACGCUGUGAGAAGAUCCUGACUGGACACAUUCAGUCAGUCACCUGUGUGAAGUGGGGAGGAGAUGGACUUCUGUACACUUCUUCUCAGGACAGAACGGUCAAAGUCUGGAGAGCCAAAGAUGGUGUCCAGUGCAGGACUCUGCAGGGCCACGCCCAUUGGGUGAACACCCUGGCUCUUAGCACAGACUAUGUCCUGCGCACUGGUGCUUUUGAACCCGCAACUGCCACUAUAAAUCCGCAGGACCUCACUGGAUCACUGGAAGAGCUGAAGGAGAAAGCCUUGCAAAGAUAUAAUAAAGUCAGGGGUUCAGCUCCAGAGCGCUUGGUGUCUGGCUCCGAUGACUUCACCUUGUUCCUUUGGAACCCUGCAGAGGAGAAGAAGCCUCUCGCCAGGCUGACCGGCCACAGCGCCCUGGUCAACGAAGUGCUCUUCUCCCCAGACACCAGGCUCCUUGCCUCUGCCUCAUUCGAUAAAUCCAUCAAAAUCUGGGACGGACGCACUGGAAAGUACUUGAUGUCCCUGCGUGGCCAUGUGGCAUCUGUGUAUCAAGUGGCGUGGUCUGCAGACAGCAGGCUGCUGGUCAGUGGCAGUAGCGACAGCACUCUUAAAGUUUGGGACGUAAAGACCGGGAAGCUUAACAUGGACCUUCCUGGCCACGCUGAUGAGGUUUAUGCAGUGGACUGGAGUCCUGAUGGACAAAGAGUGGCCAGUGGCGGGAAAGACAAAUGUCUCCGAAUAUGGAGAAGAUAGCCACACCUCUGCUAUCCCUCCACACGUCGGCUGAGGAUUUACGUCUUCCACCGUCAUAGAAACCUGACAGCUGGAGCAAGGGUGACUAGACUGUACCUAAUCUACCAUUUGGCUUCAUUACACUGUCGGUCAAAAGUGGCAUCCUGUCAAGGAACUCAAGUCUGGUCAUGAUGCAAGUGUCAUGGGAUUAUUGAUGAGCGUAAACGUGUUUAGCUCAAUGGAAAAUGUAAAACGGGAAACUUUAUAUUCAUUGCAACAUCCGUCCAUUGAGCUAUGAAAGGAUUUCUAUUCAUGUACAUACUGUUUCGUACACAUCAGGAGUUCUGACGUGUAAAAAACAUACUGAAUAUGCAAAUAACCACCAACGAGGAUAUGUAUUAAAAAAAUAAUAGAUUUUCGCCCCCACAUCAGGGAACCAAACAUACUUUUCAGCAUUAUGUUUGUCUCCUUCUUCACAUUAAGCUUUACUGGAUGGCUUAUAUCCUGAAGGUGACAGGUGGGAGCGCUAAUACCUUCCUCUGUGAUGUUAAUGCCGACGGCGCUCGCCCUGCUCCGUCAGCCUUUAAUCUCCUCAGUCCUGCAGUCAACAAAGCCUGUAUCUGCCCCUUGUUUCGAAGCCAAGUUUCGCCAACUCUGAAACCGUGAGAUUCACAUCCCAGUGUGGGAAAAAACAGGUUCAACAUUCCAGCUACAAUAAGAUUAAUUAUCUGUGUCAACAGGCUUUGUGAAUAUUUAACGCAAAUAAAUAUACAUCACAGUA